AUGGCCUCAAUAAGUCGAGCCUACCAAGGGCUCCGAAACAUCUUUACAGACAAACAUGGCAAGUCCGCAGGCCACAUGCUCCGAGACACCAUUCAGGCUGUGGCACUGGCCGUUCAUCCCUACUUGAAGGUGGUUAUUCCCAACUUCAGAGCGGCCCACUACUUCUACAUCAUUUUCAUGGCCUUCUUAGGGUCGGUAAUUGUAUAUCCAAUUGCCAAUUUUGCAUACAUUGACAUCUUGUUUCUCAUGUCGGGUGCCGCCACUCAGGCUGGUUUGAACACUGUCAACUUGAACGAACUACGGCUUCUGCAGCAGAUAUUCGUUUACAUAUUCACCACGUUGUGCACACCAAUCUUCAUCCAUAGCUCCUUGCUUUGCAUUCGUCUCUUCUGGUUUGAACGCCAGUUUGACAAUAUCAAGGAAUCCUCGAAGCUAGAUCACAAAAUGAGAAAGAGCGCUACGUUAGCAGCUCGUUCAAAUACAAAGGACUCGACAAGAAUGAAUACAGCCACAAAUCAAGAGCUUGGCUUGGAACAGCAAAGCCUGCCACAAAAAGAGGUGUCCUCUAGCUCCUCUCCAGCAUCAUCACGCAUCAAUGAAAAGACAAACGCAGUAAACGUUGCCUCCAGUCCGAAGCCUGCCGACCAUGCCAUUCGUUUUGAUAACCUACCGCAUCCGUCAAAAAGAAGAGAAGAGGUUGAGCCAUCCGACAUGUAUAAAUCGAUCGCCAUUUUGCAGAACAAGCACACUAGAAAACUAAGUUUUGCUGACGAGGAUGUCUUGGUCAUCAAGUCUCCAAAGGAAAUUGAGAGAGAUAAGAACACUCCUAUUUUCACGCGAAAGCAUCUGUUAUCAUUUUCUCCUCGAAGCUCAAAGAAAUGGAGGCUUCGAAGAGGAAGAAGAAGGGGCAACUGGGAGAAACUCAAACGGACCAUUCUGAAUAGCUCCUCUGGUAGGAGAUCGAAGAAGGGUUCGAAGAAGCCAGUCGAUGAAGACGCUGACAAUGUUUCCAUUGAUAGCGAGACUCAUGACCAGAGCAAAGAGAAAAAGAGUACUCUUAAGUUUGUCGAUGCCGUUGAAAAUAGUGACGACCAAGCUCAAUUGGAUAAUCUGGACUUGAGUGAUGACGAUAUUGACUUGCAUGCUCGCUACGACAACGCAUAUUUGAGCGGUAAUCUCGAUCACGAUGAGUCAUUCGAUGACGAAGAUGACGAUGACGAUGACGAUGAAGAUGACGAUGAAGAUGACGAUGAUGAUGAUGACGACGAUGAUGAUGAUGAUGAUGAUGUCGAUGAUGAUGUCGUCGGCGGUGACGAUGAAGAUGACGACGACGAUGAUAUAAUCGAUAAUGAUGAAGAUGAAGAUGAGGACAUUGACGAUGAUAUUGAUUACAGAGCCAAUCUCACAGACAACAGCCAAGCCAUCAUCGAUACAGAUGACGAGGAUGAUGGCGCCUUAGAUCCAAGGCAAGCAGGCCCAAAAGCCGGCCCUGGUAAUCAUAUGGAGACUGCAGUCCCUUCUAAUCGUGUGACCAAGUUUUCUGAGCCUGAAAAGGUUCCUCGCGAAAGAAAGGCACAUAGAAGGAAAGCAAUUAGAAGGUGGAGAACUCCUCUUUUGAUCUCAAGCUCCAACACUUUGAGAAACACUCCAAGUGCUGAUGGCGCAACCAGAGAUGACUCAGACGAAGAGCUGGAUGAACUGGAGGAUGACAAUCGAUUAACUCGGCAGAUGAGCACAAACUAUCUUUCGUGGACACCCACAGUGGGAAGAAAUUCUACAUUCGUGCAUCUCACAGAAGAACAAAAGAAUGAGCUUGGCGGGGUUGAGUACAGAGCUGUCAAGUUAUUGUUCAAAAUCUUGGCCGUAUACUAUAUCGGUUUUCAUGCCAUGGCCUUUUGCAUGCUUAUUGGAUUCAUCAAAGUUGACGAGAGCAAGGCUGCUGAGAUGAGAACAUUUGGAUUUUCUCCUAUUUGGUGGGCCUUUUUCACCGCUCAAUCAACAUUUAAUGAUUUAGGACUCACAAUCACACCAAACUCGAUGUCCAGCUUCAAUGAGUCACCAUACGUUUUGAUUGUUUGCUCAUUUUUUAUUGUGAUCGGAAAUACUGGCUUUCCUGUCUUACUUCGUUUUUUGAUUUGGUUACUCUUCAAAAUUGCCAGACCGAUGUCAUUGUUCAAAGAGUCCUUGGGCUUCCUUUUAGAUCAUCCAAGAAGAUGCUUCACUCUUCUCUUUCCUUCGGUUCCUACCUGGUGGCUUUUCCUGAUUUUAGUUGUUUUGAAUGCUGUGGAUUUGGUUCUUUUUGUCAUUUUGGAUUUGAAUAAUGACUCGUUGAGCUCAACUCCUAAAGGACUCAGGGUACUUGAUGGAUUAUUCCAAGCUUUCAGUACGCGUACAGCUGGAUUUAGCUGCAUUGAUUUGUCACAAUUGCAUCCUGCUGUUCAAGUCAGUUAUAUGAUUAUGAUGUACAUUUCCGUGCUUCCUUUGGCUAUUUCCAUCAGAAGAACCAACGUUUAUGAAGAACAGUCAUUGGGUAUAUAUUUGAAGGCGGCAGAAGAUGCAGAAGAUCCGGAUUCCACGCCCAAGAACUUCAUUGGCACACAUUUGAGACAUCAAUUGUCUUUCGACUUGUGGUUUGUGUUCUUGGGCUUAUUCAUCAUCUGCAUUGCAGAAGGUGGGAAGUUGCAGGCUGAUGAUCUUCGGUUUAGUGUCUUCGCAGUCAUGUUCGAAGUGGUAAGUGCCUAUGGUACCGUCGGGUUAUCCUUGGGCUACCCAAACGUGAACCAGUCGCUCACGUAUAAGUUCACGACUAUUUCCAAAUUAGUUAUUAUUGCCAUGAUGAUAAGAGGUCGUCACAGAGGUUUACCCUACUCGCUUGACAGAGCCAUCAUGUUGCCCGACAAGCAUAUGCGUCGCAGAGACAGAGUGCAAGAACAUCAUGCAAUUCAGCGUGCUACAACAUUGGAAUCAGCUCCUACAAGGGACACUUUCCGCGAGGAAGGUGCCAGAGAAAGAAGAGAAUACCUUUACAAAAAGUCCUUGGAGCUUCAGGAAACUGCCCAACUUGAGAAGAGACAAAAACUCAAGGCAGCACUUGCAUCGGGAAAGCCUCUCUCUAAAGAGCUUAGUGAAGACACAGAGCUUCACAAGAAUUUCAGAUAUGAUGAAAGUGAACAAGUCGACAUCGACGACGAAUACUCCGCCAUGAGUGGUAUCAACGAUCCCAAGAUCAUUGUUACUACUUCGAGGAAUCCAUCUGCCAAGUUACUACAAUUCUCCAAAGAGAUCAAGUUAAUGUUUCCCAACUCUAUGAAGCUAAACAGAGGUACCUAUGUCAUUCCAGAUCUCGUGAAGCUGUGUUCAAGAGCUAAUAUAAACGAUCUCAUCGUUCUUCAUGAGCACAGAGGUGUCCCCACUUCCCUUACUGUAUCGCAUUUCCCACAUGGGCCAUCAGCUGUUUUCACAUUGCAUAACGUCAAAUUGAGACACGAUUUACCAAACAUUGGUAACAUUUCCGAAGUAUACCCACAUCUUAUUUUUGAAAACUUUUCUACUGUAUUAGCGAAGAAGGACAGCUCUAGAGUGAUUACUUUCAUCAAUAACGACGACUUCAUCAGCGUCAGGCAUCAUGUUUUCGUAAAGACGAAAGAUGGUGUAGAGCUUAGUGAAGUGGGCCCUAGAUUUGAAAUGAGACUUCAUGAGCUCAGGCUCGGACUUCUUGACAAUAAGGAUGCCGAUGUUGAGUGGAAGACGAGACGCUUUGUCAGAACUGCCAACAGGAAAAACUACUUGGCUGAUUAA